AUGUUUAAAUAUUUUUCACGAUCUUGUAAUAAUUGUUUCAAAUUUACUCAAAGACGACUAUUAUCAAAUCCUAUUCCUACCACCACAUCAGCUGCGAUAAGACCAAAGAACAUUCCUAAAAAGAAAAUAGGAGCUCAAAAACUACGAAGAGCUGAUCCAAAGUUUCAAAAUGAAUCAACAAGUUAUAUCUUAUCACUAUUGAAUGAAAAUAAUCGAGAUGAUGAAAAGACUAAGACUUUGGAGAGCCAUUUGUCUAUUGUGACUUCCGUAACAGUUGGUGAUUCAAUUAAUUUUGAUAAAUUCAUAGAUGAAUCCGAAAAAAAAUAUAACAUCGAGGUAAUAGUACCUGAAGAAGUCAUGAAUAUAACAAUCUCACCAACUAGUAAUUUAAUGGUUCUAUCAAAUGGAACAUUAGUUGGUUGGAAUUUAACCGAAGAAGAAAUUGUUAAAAGAUAUUUACCAAAUUUUAUAAAUUCAAUUAUAUCAAAAUUCAAUGAAUAUGAAAGUGAAGAAAUUGACUGGAUAGAAUUGAAACAAUUACCUGAACAACCUUUACACAAUGGAAAUAGUUAUCUACAUGGGGAAAUCUUGGUUGUCCAGGGGCUAAAUUUGAACAAGAGAUUAUUGGAUAUGGCAGCAUUUGCAAUCGGGUUAAGUAGAUCAACUAGAUUAUCCAUCUUAGAAAACCAAUUAGAAGAAUUUUUGACACUAACAAGAAACAAUUCAGAAAUUUUGUCUCAAGGUAAAAGAAUUACAAGUACGGAACAUGAACUAUUAAGAAUCACAGGAAGAUUGUUUUUAUUAAGAGGUAAACUUAACUUGUAUUCGGAAUUAAUAGAUACGCCAGAUCUUUAUUGGAGUGAACCAGAUUUAGAAAAAAUUUAUAAUUCAGUUAGUAAAAUACUUGAUAUAAAUUCUAGAAUUUCAAUUAUGAAUAGAAAAUUAGAUUAUGCAACAGAGGAACAAAGAGCAUUCUUGAGUGUAUUAAAUGAAAAAAAGUCUACAAGAUUAGAAUGGAUUAUUAUUUUAUUGAUUAUGAUUGAAGUUGGAUUUGAAUGUUUCCAUUUUUAUGAAAAAUAUGAAGAAAGAAAUAGUAACUCUGAGAAAUAG